CAACCAUAUAAAAUGUCGGACCAAGAGGUAGCGACAAAGGCAGCUAAGAAGCGCAAUCCCCCACCCACAGCUGAAGAAAUCGAGCAACUUAGACAAGCCAAACAAUCUGUGGUUCUUCCCGAUGGUAUGUCCAAGAAUGAAUGGAAGAGAAUACAGAAGCAAAAGAAAUGGGAAGAGACUAAGGAGGAAUAUAGACAGAUGAAGCGAGUGAAGAAAAAGGCAGCCCGUAAGAGAAAGCACCAGCAUGAUGAUGAUGACAACGAUAAUGAGAAUAAGAAUUACCAUACUGCUAAGAAGACAGCCUUACCUACAGUUCAGAGUCCUACUGAUGUUAAGAUCAUAUUUGAUUGUGAGUUUGAUGAUUUAAUGAAUACCAAAGAAAUAGUCAGUAUGUCCAAUCAAAUCACUCGAAGCUACUCGGCCAUGAGACAUUGCACUCAUUCAUUGCCCAUAACGGUGUCUUCAUUCAAUAAGAAUCUCAAAUCACGAUUCGAUAAGAGUGUACCUCAAUACACUCUCUGGAAUAAGAAUAUCACCUUCAAUACUAAUGAUACACUUUCUGAUCUCCUUAAUAAAGAAGACUUGUCACAGUAUGUCUAUCUCACAGCCGAUACGGAUGAAGUAAUAGAAAGUCUUGAACCUCACAAAACAUAUAUCAUAGGAGGUAUAGUUGAUAAAAACAGACAUAAACUCUUAUGUGUCAAUAAGGCUAAAGAAUUGGGCUUGAAAGUUGGAAAGCUCCCCAUUGAUAAAUACAUUGAAAUCAAUGGUCGUCAUGUUCUUGCAACUUCACAUGUUUAUGAGCUCUGUUGUAAGUGGUUUGAAAAUAAUGGAGAUUGGGAAACGGCAUUUAACCAAGUUUUACCUCCAAGAAAGAAAUCCAAGAAUGAACCCAUUAACGACAGUGAAGAAGAACCAUCCACUGAGUCAAAUACCAGUUAAUAUUAAUGUUUAAUAUUCUGUAUAUACAUGUAUAGUAUUGUAAAUGAUAUAGCAUAGGAAUCUUGUGUCUGCAUAUAAGCCCAAGCUUUUCUGAUCACUAAGCGUU